AUGCCGCUCAGACUCGAAGACGCACAGUGUUCGAUCUGCAUCGAGAAUCUCUUUGACCACCACGACGACCUGGACGAGGUCCUCCCAAUCGCCACUCCAGACUGCGGACAUGUCUUCCACGAGCGAUGCCUCUUCGCAUGGUUCACAUCACAGGCCAACGCGUACCUCGCCCAGAUGGUGGACCAGGGCGCAGCCGUGACCAUUGCUGACGCGCCCGCCGAGUGUCCCGAGUGCAGGGCGGAGUGUUUCGCCGACCCCGAGACCGGCGAGCCCGCCGUCCACCGCCUCUAUAUCAACUUUUCUCGUGAUGAGAGGUCCAUGUCUCAGGCUCAGUCGAGCCAGCAUGUUCCCAGUAGUCCGAGCAUGCGGUGGAGAAGCGCGGAUAAGAUGGUUCUGGGGCUGGCGCGGCGCGCUAGAGGCGUCGCGGCCGAGCUGGAUGCCGCAGGGCCCGAUAGUCACGAGGAUGACGUUCGCGGCGCCCUACGCCGGGCAGAAGCAUUGCGUGCGGACGCUGUAUCUUCCAAGGCUGCCGAGGGGUUCAAGAAAUAUAUGGCCGGCCUCACAGCAGCGGUCAACAAGCUCCACAACCGGCUCGAGGAACACCCGCUCAUCGGGACUCUUGAGGGUCGUGUCCGUACUCUUGAAGAUCAAUUGGCCGCUGCCCAACGCGAGCAUGCGCGGAGCACGCUUGAGCUCGAGCGCCGGAUGCAGGCCGAGCUUGAGCGCGUUAUCCUCAAGGAGCGAGGCAAGGCAGAGAGGGACGUCGCGCGGGCGACAAAGGAACGAGACACGAUGCAGCGUGAGGUCGAGAAGAGUAAGAUCGCACUGCAUCGGGGGCGCACAGCAGCAGGUGAACGCGAGGCCGACCUGCAGGCCAAACUGGCCGAAGCGCAGAGACUCGGGGCGAUAGAGACCCAGACGCGCACAGAGUUGCAGAAGGACCUGGCGGACCGCACCAAGACGCUCAAGAUGUGGCAGGCCAAGGCGGAGAAACGGGGCCAAAUGAAGGGCAAACUCGAGGAGCUGCGGGCCGAGAACGAGGCGCUCCGUGCGGUGGCUUCUACUCAGCACAAGGGAUCGCAGAGGGCACAAUUUGUGCCAUCCAGCCCUCGAGAAUUUCGGUCCGAACCGGAGCCCAUCGACCGCACGCUCGAGCUCGAGGUCGAGGCGCCCACGCUCGACUCACUGCUGGACCACAUGAACGCGGACUGUGACAAGCGCUCAACCACCGCUCGGACGUUCAGCUUCGGAUCUCCCUCACCUCCUCGUAACCUCACCACGACAGCGCGCUCGCUCUUAUUCGAUGACCAGCCGCGCUCGUCGACUGCGCGCACACUCUCAUUCGAUAUGGACCAGCCCAAGCCCCGCAGGUCCGGUACGGGACGACCCGAAGCGGUCCGCAGUAAUCCCGCCACGAGCAGCAAGUACUUUGGCCGCCCGUACGAAGGCGGCCCAGAGCGAUCCAAGCCCGUCCGCGCGGCUGUACGCGAGCCAUCCCAGGAAGGACUGGGCCGUGAGAAGACGCGCUCUGGAAUGCAGCUGCAGGAGCAGUUCGCCAAGAUGAGCGACAACGCACAGAAGGGGAAGCAGAGGUUGAGCGAGAUGAGAAACGGUGUGCACCUGGCUGCGCUUAGCGACCCCGCUCCGGUCCCCAGGCCACACGUGUUGGUGGACUGCUCGAGCCCGAUCCGUCCCAAGCGUCCGCUGGAGGUGAUCGAGAUCGGCUCAAGUCCCGAAAUCUCUGAACGGCGGCACGAUACAAAGCCCACGCGCCCCGACGCCAGACGGGUACAGAAGGAGCCAAGCAUACUCGAGUACCUUGGGGUCGACAGCCGCGGGCGGCAGCGGGGGGUCAUGACGGGCGCCAAGGUACGGCGACGUGCUUAG